AUGUCUACUGCUAAUGACAUGAGGAAUUGCGGAGAAGAUAUGCCGGAUGUUAAAAUUGUUGAGAAAAUACUUCGAAGUCUCACCGAUAAAUUCAACAUCGUAGUAUGCUCAAUUGAAGAAUCCAAGGAUAUUGACCAAUUAACAGUCGAUGAAUUACAGGCAUCUUUGCUUGUACAUGAACAAAAGGUGAUUGAUAAGAGGAGUGAAGAGCAGGUUUUGCAGGUGGAGAAUGUACCAAAGGGACAUUACCAAUUUGAAUGUCCAGGCUUAGAAAAAGAAGCUGUCAUUUAUGCUGAAUUUGACAAUGAGGAAGAACUGCUAUUGAUGGCGUACACAAAGAAAAGUAAAGUUGAAAGAGAAAGCAUUUGGUUUCUCGAUUCCGAGUGCUCAAAUCUCAUGACAGGGGACAAAACAUGGUUCGUUGAGCUUGACGAAAGUUUCAAACACACGGUCAGGUUGGGAAAUAGCUCAAAAUUGGCAGUUGAAGGAAGAGGCAGUGUCAGAUUCGAAGUUGAAGAUAUCACACGAACCGUGACAAAUGUCUACUAUGUCCCCAAUCUCACCAACAAUUUGCUAAGCAUAGAGCAACUAUAG